CUCUCACACAGACACACACCAAAAAAAAGGAAGCAAGUACAUACCUCCUCCCAUUUCUUUUUCAUAGAGUCCACUUCAUCUUUCUCCAUUCUCUCUGCCGGCAAACAUCUAUGCAUUGAAGAUCUCUGAAUCUCUGAUCUCCUCCAACCACUGUUUCGUGGUCGUUGGAGUUGAUUUCUUGGAGUUAGAUCUGGACAUCUAUCUUGCUUCUUAUUAAAGCUGGCGACCACAGCAGUGACUUGGAGAUAUGCUGCCAGCAAUGGCGGCAGCGAUCUGGAGAGGAAUAUGGAUAAUAAACAUCAAGAUCUAGAACCGCCUACUCCACAUUCGCUCAUAAAGAUGGGGUCAAGGGAUAGGAGUAACAUGGAAGAUCCAGAUGGUACAUUGGCAAGCGUCGCCCAAUGCAUUGAGCAGUUAAGGCAGAAUUCCUCUUCGAUGCAGGAAAAAGAAUAUUCAUUGAAGCAGUUGCUUGAGCUAAUUGAAACGCGUGAAAGUGCUUUUGGUGCAGUUGCUUCUCAUUCCCAGGCAGUUCUUGUGCUUGUAUCUCUUCUCCGGUCAGGGUCACUUGGAGUGAAGAUGCAGGCAGCUACAGUUUUAGGCUCCUUGUGUAAAGAGAAUGAACUCAGAGUAAAAGUGUUGCUUGGUGGAUGUGUACCUCCAUUACUUGGUCUCCUCCGAUCAAACUCAACAGAAAGUCAGAUUGCAGCUGCUAAGGCAAUCUAUGCUGUUUCCCAAGGUGGCGUAAAAGAUCAUGUUGGAUCAAAGAUUUUUUCAACUGAAGGAGUUAUGCCUGUUCUAUGGGAACAGCUAGACAAAGGGCUUGUUAAGGGAGGAAAUUUGGUCGAUGACUUGCUCACCGGUGCUUUAAGAAAUCUUUCCUGCAGCACUGAAGGGUUUUGGUCUGCGACAGUACAAGCUGGGGGAGUCGAUAUACUUGUUAAGUUUCUUGUAAGCACACAAGCAAACACUCAAGCUAAUGUGUGCUAUCUUCUCGCAUGUAUGAUGAUGGAGGAUGCAUCUGUUUGUUCGAAGGUCUUGGCUGCAGAUGCUACUAAACAACUUCUUAAGCUGUUAGGACCUGGCAAUCAAGCACCGGUUAGAGCAGAAGCCGCAGCUGCUCUUAAAUCUCUUUCAGCCCAGUGCAAAGAAGCCAGACGGGAAAUAGCCAGUGCUAAUGGAAUACCUGCCCUGAUAAAUGCGACAAUAGCUCCUUCAAAGGAAUUCAUGCAAGGUGAAGAUGCCCAAGCUUUGCAGGAGAAUGCAAUGUGUGCGCUUGCAAAUAUUUCUGGUGGGUUAUCUUAUGUUAUUUCCAGCUUAGGGCAAAGCCUUGAGUCAUGUUCCUCACCUGCUCAGGUUGCUGAUACACUAGGAGCUUUGGCUUCAGCGCUUAUGAUAUAUGAUACAAAAGCAGAAGAAACUAGGGCAUCAAACCCUUCGGAUAUUGAGUUGACAUUGAUCAAGCAAUUUAAACCUCGUUUACCAUUUCUUGUACAAGAACGCACUAUAGAAGCCUUGGCUAGUUUGUAUGGAAACACAGUACUUGCAGAUAAACUUGCAAAUUCAGAAGCAAAACGUCUGCUUGUUGGUUUAAUUACCAUGUCAGCGAAUGAAGUUCAAGAUGAACUAAUAAAAUCACUCCUCAUGAUAUGCAAUAAAGAAGGAAGUCUGUGGCGUUCUCUUCAAGGUUGGGAAGGGAUUCAACUUUUGAUUUCUCUUCUUGGACUUUCAUCAGAACAACAACAGGAGUGUGCUGUUGCGAUGCUUCGACUUCUGUCAAAUGAGAACGAUGAAAGUAAAUGGUCUAUAACUGCUGCUGGGGGCAUACCACCACUAGUUCAGAUUCUGGAGACUGGAUCUGCAAAGGCAAAGGAAGACUCUGCCACGAUCCUUGGGAAUCUAUGUAAUCAUAGUGAAGAUAUACGUGCAUGUGUUGAAAGUGCUGAUGCAGUACCUGCUUUGUUGUGGCUACUGAAGAAUGGAAGCUCAAAUGGGAAAGAAAUUGCUGCUAAGACGUUGAAUCAUUUGAUCCACAAAUCAGAUACAUCAACCAUCAGUCAAUUAAGUGCAUUAUUGACCAGUGACUUACCUGAAUCAAAGAUUUAUGUUUUGGAUGCAUUGAAGAGUAUUCUUUCUGUUGCCCCUCUCAAUGAUUUGUUACGUGAAGGAUGUGCUGCUAAUGAUGCAAUAGAGACUAUGAUAAAAAUUUUAAGCUCUCCAAGGGAAGAAACUCAGGCUAAAUCUGCAGCUUCUCUUGCUGGGAUCUUUGAUGUCAGAAAGGACCUGCGUGAAAGUAGCAUUGCUACGGAAUCCCUUCGUGCUGCAAUGAAGCUCCUAAUCGUUGAUUCUGAGGAUAUAUUAAUAGAGUCCUUACGUUGCCUAGCCUCAAUCUUCCUUUCCAUAAAACAGAACAAGGAUGUUGCUGCUAUUGCUAGAGAUGCAUUACCUUCAUUGGUAACGAUGGCUAGCUCUUCAGCUCUGCAAGUUGCUGAGCAGGCAACUUGUGCUCUUGCAAAUCUUCUCCUGGACAAUGCAGCAUCAGCGAAAGCAGAUCCUGCAGAGAUUAUUAUACCUGCUACUCGUGUGCUUCGUGAAGGGACCAUUGUGGGGAAAACACAUGCAGCAGCCACAAUAUCUCGCCUACUUCAUUCCCGUACAGCUGAUCCUACAUUGACGGAAUGCGUGAAUCGUGCAGGUACUAUUCUUGCAUUGGUUUCUUUCCUGGAAACUGAUGAUAGUGGUUCUGUUGCCACGUCAGAGGCACUAGAUGCACUUGCACUUCUCUCAAGGUUGGAAGGAACUAGCGGGCAAGUGAAGCCUGCAUGGGCUGUUCUGUCAGAAUUUCCGAGCAGUAUAUCUCCUAUAGUCUCAUCUAUUGCUGGCUCAUCCCCAGAUUUGCAAGACAAGGCCAUUGAAACAUUAUCUAGACUUUGCAGAGAUCAGCCCAUUGCCCUUGGGAAUACAGUUUCUUGUGCCUCAGGAUGCAUUUCGGCCGUUACUAUGAGGUUGAUCAAUUCUUCAAACAGGAUUGUGAAAACUGGAGGCGCAGCAAUUCUUAUUUGUGCAGCAAAAGUAAAUCAUCGGCGAGUUAUAGAAGAUUUAAAUGAAACAAACUCCUGCAGGUCUCUUAUUCAAUCACUUACCGGAAUGCUUACUUCCAUGGAUUUCCAAAAUGUAGUGGAGAAGUCGGAGAAAGAGGCCAUUAGUAUAUGCAGAGAUAGUAAGAAAGGGGAGAAUGCUGAUACUGAGUCUACUACUGCAAUUAUUUCUGGAGCCAACCUUUUUAUAUGGCUACUUGCAGUCCUUGCAACCCAUGAUCAGAAAAGUAAAACUGAGAUUAUGGAAGCUGGAGCCAUUGAAGUUAUUACUGAGAGAAUAUCCAAUUGUUUGUCCCAGUACACUCAGAUUGAUGACAAGGAAGAUAGUGGUAUGUGGAUAUGUGCCUUACUAUUGUCAAUUUUGUUUCAAGAUAGAGAAAUCAUACGUGGGCAUGCAACCAUGAAAUCCAUACCCGUUCUUGCGAACUUAUUGAGGUCUGAAGAUUUGACAAACAAAUAUUUUGCGGCCCAAGCUAUGUCCAGCCUUGUUUGUAAUGGAAGUAGGGGUACUCUUCUAUCUGUAGCAAAUUCCGGGGCUGCAGGUGGCCUCAUUUCAUUGCUUGGAAAUGCUGAUGAUGACAUUCAUGACCUUCUAGAGUUGGCAGAUGAAUUCUCUUUGGCUCGUUAUCCAGAUCAAGUUUCUCUUGAGCGUUUGUUUAGAGUUGAUGAUAUCCGAGUUGGUGCUACUUCUCGCAAAGCAAUACCCCUCCUUGUGGAUCUGCUGAAACCUAUUCCAGAUCGCCCAGGAGCGCCCUUUCUGUCACUUGGCCUUCUGAAUCAGCUUACAAAAGACUCUCCACCAAAUAAGAUUAUGAUGGUGGAAUCAGGUGCUUUAGAAGCCUUGACUAAAUAUCUUUCACUUGGCCCACAGGAUGCAACCGAAGAAGCUGCGACAGAUCUUUUAGGAAUCUUGUUUAGCAGCGCUGAGAUACGGAAACAUGAAUCUGCAUAUGGAGCUGUCAGCCAACUUGUAGCGGUCCUACGGUUGGGCGGAAGAGGUGCAAGAUACAGUGCAGCAAAGGCACUCGAGAACCUUUUCUCCGCCGAUCACAUACGAAAUGCGGAAACUUCCAGACAAGCUGUGCAACCCUUGGUGGAAAUUUUGAGCACCGGUUUAGAGAAAGAGCAACAUGCUGCCAUUGCUGCCUUGGUUAGAUUAUUAAGUGAGAACCCGUCGAGAGCGCUCGUUGUCGCUGAUAUUGAAAUGAACGCAGUUGACGUUCUUUGCAGGAUUCUUUCGUCGAACUGUUCGCUCGAGUUGAAGAGCGAUGCUGCUGAAUUAUGCGGCGUUCUCUUUGGGAAUACGAGAAUCAGGUCUACUUUAGCUGCAGCUAGAUGUGUCGAGCCUCUAGUUUCUCUUCUUGUAAUUGAGUUCAGCCCCGCUCAAUAUUCAGCUGUCUGUGCUCUAGAUAAACUCUUAGAUGAUGAGCAACUUGCCGAACUAGUUGCUGCACAUGGUGCGGUUAUUCCUCUUGUUGGGCUUCUCUAUGGUAAAAACUACACGCUUCACGAGGCAAUUUCUAGAGCCCUUGUGAAACUGGGGAAAGACAGACCUUCUUGUAAGAUGGAAAUGGUGAAGACUGGAGUUGUUGAGAGUGUGCUCGACAUUCUCCAUGAAUCGCCAGAUUCUGUUUCAGUCGCCUUUGCGGAAUUACUCCGUAUAUUGACAAAUAACGCGACAAUUGCCAAAGGUCCAUCAGCAGCUAAAGUGGUUGAUCCCCUUUUCCAAUUGCUAACGAGACCCGACUUCGGACCAGAUGGACAACAUAGUGCUUUGCAGGUGCUCGUUAAUAUCCUUGAACAUGAACAUUGCCGUGCCGAACAUAACUUGACUUCUCACCAAGUCCUUGAACCCAUUCUACCCUUACUAGACUCUCCUUCUCCCGCUGUGCAACAAUUAGCUGCAGAACUUCUCUCGCACCUUCUUUUGGAAGAACAUUUGCAAAAAGAUCCAUUAACUCCACAAGUAAUUGGUCCUCUAAUAAGGGUUACUGGAUCUGGCAUACCAAUUCUUCAGCAAAGAGCUGUAAAGGCUCUUGCUGGUAUUGCAGUAACAUGUCCAAAUGAAAUCGCUAGAGAAGGGGGUGUUAGUGAACUGUCGAAAGUGAUAUUGCAAGCUGAUUCUUCACUUCCACAUGUGUUAUGGGAGUCCGCUGCCUCUGUUUUAUCUAGUAUUCUACAAUAUAGUUCCGAGUUUUAUUUGGAAGUUCCUGUGGCGGUCUUAGUGAGAUUACUAAGUUCUAGUUCAGAAACCACUGUUGUCGGUGCCCUAAACGCACUUUUAGUAUUGGAAAGUGACGAUAGCACCACAGCUGCAGCAAUGGCAGAGAGCGGUGCAAUUGAAGCCCUUCUUGAACUUCUGAGAUGCCAUCAGUGUGAAGAUGCUGCUGCAAGGCUUCUAGAGAUUUUACUUAACAAUGUGAAAAUAAGAGAAUCAAAGGCUACAAAGUCUGCUAUAGUACCGUUAUCUCAGUAUCUGUUGGACCCACAAACUCAAGGUCAACAAGCGAGGCUAUUGGCGGCACUUGCUCUAGGUGAUCUCUUCCAAAACGAGGCUCUUUCCCGAUCUGCUGAUGCUGUUUCGGCUUGUAGGGCUUUAGUUAAUCUGCUUGAAGAUCAACCGACAGAAGACAUGAAAGUGGUUGCAAUAUGUGCCUUGCAAAACCUUGUGAUGAAUAGUCGAUCGAAUAAAAGAGCCGUGGCUGAAGCUGGUGGCGUGCAGGUUGUGUUGGAUCUCAUUGGUUCAAGUGAGCCCGAUACGUCUGCGCAGGCUGCUAUGUUUGUCAAGCUUCUCUUCUCAAACAACACCAUUCAAGAGUAUGCUUCUAGCGAAACUGUUAGGACAAUUACUGCUGCAAUAGAAAAAGAACUAUGGGCUACGGGGACAGUUAAUGAAGAGUAUUUAAAAGCACUAAAUGCACUUUUCAGCAACUUCCCACGGCUGAGAGCCACUGAACCUGCAACACUGAGUAUUCCACAUUUAGUCACAUCCCUCAAGACAGGCUCAGAGGCAACACAAGAAGCUGCUUUGGACACACUGUUUCUCCUAAGGCAAGCUUGGUCGGCUUGUCCUGCUGAAGUAUCUAGGGCACAAUCUAUUGCUGCUGCUGAUGCAAUCCCUUUGCUACAGUAUCUUAUCCAAUCGGGUCCACCUCGGUUUCAGGAGAAGGCGGAGUUUCUCUUGCAGUGUUUACCGGGGACUUUAGUUGUAAUAAUCAAACAUGGGAACAACAUGAAACAAUCGGUUGGAAUUCCUAGUGUUUAUUGCAAGUUGACUCUAGGAAACAGUCCACCAAGGCAAACUAAGAUUGUAUCUACUGGACCUAACCCAGAGUGGGAUGAGAGCUUUGCUUGGUCCUUUGAAAGUCCACCAAAAGGGCAGAAGCUUAAUAUAUCAUGCAAAAAUAAGAGCAAAAUGGGGAAGAGCUCAUUCGGGAAGGUGACGAUCCAGAUUGACCGGGUAGUUAUGCUGGGUACUGUCGCGGGUGAAUACACAUUGUUGCCCGUGAGUAAAAGUGGUCCCCCGAGGAACUUGGAAAUAGAGUUCCAAUGGUCAAACAAGUAAAAAAAAUGUUUUUUUGUGCAUUUCUAUCCUCUUUCUUUAUUUAGAGUUACCACCCAUAUCAUAUAUAGUUAUCAUCAAUGAAGAACUGAGAAAAGUUCAUUUUUUUUUAACCAUUUUGAGUUUACAUGGUUAAUGUUGUCAUAUGUGUAUAGGGCUUGAUAGGCAUUUCUCCACUCUUUUGUUUUUUGUGAAAAAUCUUGAACCACUGAUUGUUGUGAUCAUAUUCUUUUUUCUUUUGUAUAACAUUUAUUUGUUUUACUCA